AUGGGCCCCUGUACCGCCUCCUCAUGCUGCUGCCAGGCCCCUAAUCUGCCAAGGGCCCCCGUACCGACUCCUCAUGCUGCUGCCAGGCCCGUAAUCUGUCAUGGGCCCCUGUACCGCCUCCUCAUGCUGCUGCCAGGUCCAGAGUGUGUCAUGGGUCCCUGUACGGCCUCCCAUUGCUGCUGUCUCCAUCGCCACACUCUGCCAUGUGCCACUUUCAGGUCUCCUCACACUGCUGGUGGUUUCCAUUUUUGUCAUAGGGUGCUGUAUGGCCUCCCAUUGCUGCUGCCUCCACCGCCACACUGUGGCUCCACACUCUGGUUUUGGCCCCGUGACUGCCCAAAUGAGUGAAGUGUGCGGUGAUUCUAAGAUCGACGGCACUCAUCUGCAUGUCAUACUGACUGUCAGUAUUAUUUCUCUUCCCCAGCAGACUCCAAGGGCAUUUAAAUUAAAGGUACAGUGUUCUGCACUAAUAUAA